AGUACAGAAUAGCAAAGAGAUAAAUAAAUUACAAAAUAUUAAGCAUAAUCAAGCCUCAGAAAAUAGGCAAGUUAUAGAAAGUAAUCAAGUUAUAGAAAAUAAGCAAAUUAUAGAAGAUGAGCAACAUAUUAAAAAAGGUUGA